ACCUACCACCUAGAAAAAAUCCCCAUCACGACUAGCACCACCGCCCACAGUGAAGAAGUGAAGUCAGCCAUGGCCCUCGCGCUCGCCACGACCCCACUCGCGCACCUCGCCCUCGCCCCGCCCCCGAUCUCCGGCUCCCAGUCCUCGCUGCUGCUGCUCCCGCGCCGCCCGUCGCCCGCCGGCGUCUCACUCUCCCUACGUUCGCGCCUCACCGCGGCCGUCGCGACCAAGGAACCCGAGCUCGGCGGCGGCGGAUCGGAGGGCGGUGACGGUGCAGGAGGGAGCGGAGGCGGUGGCGGUGACAGCGACCCGAGGGAAGGAGGUCCGGAAGGGGAAGGGGAGGGGGAGGAAGAGAAGAUGGGGCAGGGUCUAUCCAUGUCGCAGAAGCUCACUCUCGCCUACGCCGCGCUCGUCGGAGCUGGUGGUGUGAUGGGAUAUAUGAAGAGUGGAAGCCAGAAAUCCUUGGCUGCAGGAGGCAUAUCAGCCCUCGUCCUAUACUUCGUCCACACUCAACUCCCAGUGAGGCCUGUCUUUGCAUCAUCAAUUGGUUUAGGUAUAUCGGCUGCGCUACUAUCAGUGAUGGGGUCUCGCUUCAAGAAGUCCGGGAAGAUAUUCCCGGCCGGUGUCGUGUCACUCGUGUCCCUAGUCAUGGUCGGAGGCUACUUCCAUGGGAUCUUGCGUAGCUCCCAUGCUUGAUAGAAUCCAUUUCCAUCACACCAUCUGCACUACGCAUUGGCAUCACUAUCAUGUUUCCUGUUUCAUGCACUUUAGGCACCCUUUGUUGUUUUAAGUGUUAUUAGAGUUACCGUUCUUUAAGUUUAGUUCAUGUUCAGUGCCUCUGUGGGACAGAUAGUCAAUAAGCACGACUGUGAGCUGGUAGUUGUGAAAGACGAGCAUGUUUUUUUUUUGAAUUCUGAAAGACGAACAUUUUGAAAAUCAGUCCUAGUAGGUCCUGAUCUUAUGUUCCGGUGAACCGGGGCCAGUUGAUCAGACACAGGUGCUGAUUUUCAUGUA